UAUCUCACACUUGUGCAAUUGUUUCACUCUCUUCUGAUAUGCAAUGUCUCACUAUCACGUGAAGAAGACGCUUGGAUUGUCUUUUAACCAAAGAAAAAACAAAUCUGAUUUUAAUCUUACUGGAUAAAAAAAAAAAAUACAUAUCUCUCUACUUCUCUUUCGUUUAAGAAGAACAUAAAAAAAAAAAUUGGACAUACUUCUGACGACAAUACUGCUGCAUGCAGUGGUUCCAGCUGCCCAGGAGCGAUGUCAUCUCUACCCUCUCACAACAAAGAUCCGUCACGCAUCAGAAAGCAGUUCUCUGACUCUUGUCCAGUUUCUUCUGUUGCCACUACUAAGAGCCUGCGGCAUGAGAGGCUCUCUAGAUUGGGAUCAUCUGGAUCAUCUGAUGUCUCCAAUGACACAUCAACAAACCAUGCUGAGUCCUACUUUUUACAAAGAGAGAACAGACUAUCUGCAAGGAAAAAGGCACAAGAAGAGACAGCAAAUAAUGAUUAUAAAAAGAUGUAUGAAAAGGCACUGGCAACAAAUCAAAGGCUCAAGUCCCGACUGGAAACAAGUAAACAGGAACUCACCAUGAUGCAAGACCAGCUGGAGAGAGCACAGAAGGGGAGACAGGAUGACUGUGGGGCCAAUGUGCUAGAAGCAGAAAAAAAGGAAAGCUGGAGCCUUAAAAAGAGGAUAUCAGAUAUGGAAGAACAACUGAAGAUUAAAGCAGAGCUUAAGAUGGAAAACCAGAGACUAAAGGAUGAGAAUGGGGCUUUAAUCCGUGUCAUCACCAAACUCUCCAAGUGAGAAGGGAAGCAGACAGGAGGGAAGAAGAAGAAAGGAUUCAAGAAGUCAUAUUUUAAUCUGUAUCCUUUAAAUUUCUGAAAGCAUAAGUCCAUCCUCUGAAAAGAUAUGUACAUUGGUCAGCAGAAUGUAUUAAACUGAGCCCUUUCUACUGAUUGUUUAGAAAGAUGAAAGAGAUGUUGAUUUAAUACUGAUUUUCCAUCCUCCUGUUCACAUAUAAGAAGACACAUUUGUCCAACUGUAAACGCACAAUACAUCAAUUUAAAAUUUAAAAUGUAAACUCACUAAAUAUUUCUAAAUAAAGGCAAAUGCCAGUUUAUGUGUUUCUUAUUACUGUCUUUAAGUGAGUAAAUAGUCCUCAAGUAAACAGUAUAUGAAAUUUUGUUACUGAGUAGACGCUUUCACAAAAAUGGACAAAAUAUUGCAGGUAUUUCCAAAGAAGCAUUGCCAUGGAAACAGCAAUAUUUGGCCUAUUCCAUAUGCAGAUCAUGAAAAUGGGCUCUGAACUAUCAGGGACAGUGGGUGAUGGAUGAGAAACAUUUUUUAGGAACGUAGGAGUGUCAUCUCUGAUUUAAGAGCUUUACCUUGACUGAUGAUAUUGCAAGUAACACGAUCUUUGGCUUACAAGUUUAAAUAGAAAAAAUGUUAAAAAAAUUAUGUAUUUAUCUAUUUUUUUCCCUAUAAAAGUGUCAAAACAAAUUUAGCUUUCUUGUAAAAUAUCGGCUCAAUCUCAUGCACUUAUUAAUCUGUCAUAUUAGCGUCAAUUAAGUAGGAGUUGUGGUGAUUUUGAUCAAAUCACAUGGACUUUAUCGCUAAAUGGUGAAUAUGAUAUCCUUUAUUUAAAGGCAUAAAACUGUCUUUUUACUUUUUUUUUUUUAACGCUGGGCUGUCAUCUGUGUCACACUCAGCUACUAAGCUGCUUCUUGGCAUUUAU